AUGAUCGAAGCUGCUCCUCCCGCCCCGAGUACAAACACAUCAGGCCCCAACGCCACGGGCCCGACAACUUCCGCGAAUGGCUCGACCACCAAUGCAGACGGGUCCAAUCGCGGACUACCGUAUUAUGAGAAAUUGCGGCGCGAACUACGCGAUACGUUACAGAAGAAGCGACUGAUGGAUAAGAGCAUGUCCCAACUCGAAGACCAAAUUUUCCGAUUCGAACAAUCCUACCUGGAAGAAACCACCGCCGGAAACAUCAUCAAAGGCUUCGACAAUUACAUCAAGGGAUCAUCCAGCGCCGGGGUCGGAGGGAGCUCAAUAUCCUUUUCCUCCGGAGUGGGGAGCACAAGACGAAAAGGCCAGGUGACGGAUGCUGAUCGUGUGUUUUCGCGCAGUUCAGCGAGUUUCAUGCGUGAUUCAACACCCUCCUCGGUACAGACGACGCCAUCGCAUGCGCCGACGCCUACGUCCGCGUAUAAUGGAUCCACCGGGAAACCGACGAACGGGGAUGGGUCUACGGCAGGGAGUGUGAAGGGGGGAUCGUCGUCGUCCUCGUCGAAGAAUAAGAAGAAAUCGAACUCGAAUUCGAAUAAGGAUAAAAAUGAAGAAGAUGACGAGGCUGGGGAUAAGCCACCGGCGAAGAGGUUGAAGAUUAGUUAUGGGAGGGAUUGA